GAUCGGUUUGCCUCCCCUCCCAUGGCAAAGCUUCAAGUCAUCCUCCAUCUUCAACUUCACUGCCAUUGCUCAGUCAGACCACAAUUCGCGUCUAGAUACCCCGAAGACGAAACAGCGAGCAGGUCUUGCACACCAUAAUACCCCUCAGUGGAUUCACCCACUCGUCCUCCCAGCUCACAACAUGGAACCCGAAAAGCGCAAAUACGCCGCCGGGCCUUCCCUGCCACCCACCAGCGAAGACGACUCCAGCAAACGCCGCAAAGUGAUCGGUCCAGCUCCGCCUCCUCCGUCCGCCAGCGCAGAUGCCAAUACCUCCGACAACAGCUCCUCCGAUGACGACUCGGACGAUGACUUUGGACCCAGCCUCCCUCCGCCAGAAGGCACCGUCUCUUCUGUUCCCGACUCUAGUGCAGCACAACCCACGCCCUCCGAAACCAUCUCGGAAGCACCAAAAGCUCCCCAGCGCGACGCCUGGAUGCUUGAACCCAUCGACGGCUCGAACCGCAACUCCCGCGUCGAUCCCACGAAACUUCGCAAUCGGAAGUUCCAAACCGGACGGGGUGCCAACACUACGCCCAGUGCCGGCGGGCUAGAUGUUUCCUGGACCGAGACGCCAGAGCAGAAGAUGAAGCGGUUGCAGGAUGAGGUGCUGGGUGUACAGACACGGCCUACUGCUCCUGAUGCGGGGGAUUCGGCGGGAGGAGCGCGCGGCGCACAGCCCUCGCGGGCCAUGCAGGAGAAGAUCCAUCGGUAUAAUGAGGAAAAGAGAAAGGAGGAGGCAAAAGCGAGGGAUGCGGAGAGGAAGAAGAAGAAGGAUGGAGAAGAGGAGGAGGAUGAUCCUAGUGCUCGGGCGUUUGAUAAGGAGAAGGAUAUGUCGCUAUCGUCGAAGAUAACGCAUGCGCAGAGACGGGAGAUGAUGAAUAAGGCGGCAGACUUUGGGUCGAGAUUUACAAGUGGAAAGUUCCUGUGAUUGCGCGAAGCUUGUUCGGUAUUUUUUUACGAGGGCCUUGUCCGACUUGCUUCUCAUGGUUGCAGCUCUGUCGUACGCAAGUGUCGUACGGGCUAUCCGUUUGGUGAUCGAUUUUGUAUAGGGCGAUGACU